AUGCAGCAGAAGUAUUCUCAACUGAACAAGAACAACCAAAAAGCGCCAUUCGGUCUUCUGGUGUCGGUGGGGAAUGACUUAGUUGCGCUUCACAGCUGUUUCUUGUAUCGAAUGAGGAGCUUCUACACUUUAAAACUCCAGGCCAACCGAUUUCUUCAGGACGUCAAGUGGUUGAAGCGAGAAUGGUGCUCCGUUCAAGCUCAUCCUGUUGAACCAUAUUCGUCGGAAACGAAAACGAACGGGAUACUGCACUCUGAAGCAGCGAAGAUGCACGACAUGCUUGCUGCUGAUGGACUACAAAAGUACUCGACGUUAUCACUAAUGACAGAGCUGAAGACUAAGUCUGGUGAAGGGGUCGUCAAGUUUUGUGAUGUUGUCUCUGGAUUUUCUACGCGAUGGAUUACUGAACGACGCCGUGAUUGA